AUGGAACAUCAACAACAACAACAACAAUCUAGUAUCCUAUGCAAAUACACAGAACAUCACACUGUUACAAAAAAAGUCAUCACAACCAAGAAAACCGCUAACAGCAACAAAACAAACUCAACUAUAUACCCAAGAGUCGUACAAAUAUCUGUCACCGACCCAGAUGCCACUGACUCAUCCAGCGAUGAAGAAGAAAGUUUCUCCAGAAAAAGAACAAAGCGUUAUAUCCACCGUGUUGAAAUUGAAACCGCCGCUAAAGCCGUCGUUAAUCGAAAAAGACCUGCCGGAGAAGCAUCCACCCUUAAAAGGCCAGCGAAAGCUCCUGCUGUCAUCAGUGGUAGAAAGUUCCGAGGUGUACGGCAGAGGCCAUGGGGGAAGUGGGCUGCUGAGAUUCGCGAUCCUGCUCGGAGAGUACGGCUUUGGUUAGGUACUUUCGAAACUGCAGAAGAAGCUGCUAUGGUGUACGACAAUGCCGCCAUUAAGCUUCGUGGACCCGAUGCUUUAACAAACUUUAUCACGCCACCGCAGAGAGAACAACCGGUAGAAGUAGAACUCUCCGCCGUGAAAACCGAAAUGAAAGUAAUCGUAGACGCCGACGCUGACGGAGAUGCAGAAGCUUCUGGGUCUGGUAAUUCUAGUUACGAUUCUGGAGAAGAACGAUGUGUACCUCUCUCUUCUCCUACUUCAGUUUUAAAUUUCCGUAGUAACUCCGGCGAGUCGGAGGGUCAAAACGAAGCUUGUGAAGUUUUCAGGGAAUGUCAAGGUGAAACAAACUUGUUAGACGAUACGGCGUCGUUUUUCCAACACGAGUUUCCUAUGCCUUCUUGGGACGACGUGUUCAACUUCGAAACGCCAGAGUUUCCUAUGAUUUUUGAAGAAGAACAAAACACAAUGUUUGGGGAAAGUACGACGCCGUUUUUGUGUGACCAAGAAUUAAACGACAGCAUUGUUCUUGCUGACUCCCUCAUCAAUUUCGACAAAGCUUGUUUCUCUUCUCCUUCUUCAUCGUUAUGCCAAGUGGAUGAUUUCUUCCAAGAUAUUUUGUUAGGCUCAGAUCCUCUAGUUGUCCUUUGA